UUAUGUUGACCUGGCCAUCAAGUGAAAUCCUAACUCUCAAAUGUCUAAUUGAAGAAUUUAAGUGAAUCCCGGCUUCAAAAACUUCGAAGUGUUUAUCUUUUUCGCUCUUCAUCCGCUUAUUUCAGAGGAUAGAAGUAGAUACAGAGAAAUGAAGCACAAAAUCUAGAAGGAUGAUGACACUAGUUAAAGGUAUCCUCUUGCUGUUUCCGAUUUCAAUUCUAUUAUUGACUCAAAAAAUUGCCUGUGCAACAGAUACCUUAACAACUACUCAAUUCAUCAAAGAUGGUGAAACCAUCAUUUCUGCUGGUGGAAGCUUUGUGCUGGGAUUUUUCAGCCCGAGUAACUCAAACAAUAGAUACGUAGGUAUAUGGUACCAGAAAAUAUCAAUUCCGACUGUGGUAUGGGUAGCUAACAGAGAGGUUCCACUCAUAAAUACAUCUGGGGUAUUGGAGGUGAUCAAGCCAGGACUUCUUGUUCUUCGAAAUGGUACGAACAGCAUCAUAUGGUCUACUAAUUCAUCAACAUCUGUACCAAAUCCAGUUGCACAGUUGUUAGAAACUGGAAACCUGGUUGUCAAAGAUGAAAAUCAAGAUAAUCUGGAGAUGUUUCUGUGGCAGAGCUUUGAUUAUCCGACUGACACGUUUCUACCAGGCAUGAGGCUCGGUCAAAAUUUUGUGACUCGCCUAGAGGUUUACCUCUCAUCGUGGAAGAGUUACGAGGAUCCAGCUCCUGGAGGCUACACAUAUCACUGUGAUCCUACCGGAUAUCCGCAAAAUUUCAUAAAGAAGGACUCUAGUUUGGAAUUCCGAACCGGACCAUGGAAUGGCCUAGGAUUUAGUGGGGUUCCAAGCUUAGCAAAAAAUCCCAUAUUCUCCUAUCAAGUUGUUAUUGAUAAUAAGGAGGUGUAUUAUGCUUACAAGCUUCUGGGCUCCACUACUACAAGGUUUACGUUGAGUCCAAGUGGUGUUGGACAGCGCUGGACAUGGGACAACCAAACUGGAAGUUGGCUUAUUUACCUAUCUGCGCCGACAGAUAACUGCGAUAGUUACGGAUUAUGUGGAGCAUAUGGAAGUUGCAACACAGGAAAUUCUGCCACAUGUGGAUGCCUGGAUAAGUUUUCACCUAAAAAUCCUGAGAAAUGGGCCAAUGGAGAUCGGUCAGGUGGGUGCAGUCGGAGAAUACCUCUGGAUUGUAAGAGUGGAGAUGGAUUUCUGAAGUAUUCUAGUCUUAAACUACCAGAUACACGUAACUCCUCGUAUAAUACAAAUAUUUCCAUCGAAGAAUGCAGAACUGUGUGCUUGAAGAAUUGCUCUUGUACAGCUUAUUCUAUUUUAGACAUAAGCAAUGGAGGAAGUGGCUGUUUGCUUUGGUUUGGUGAUCUAAUUGAUAUCAAAGUGAUGUCGCAAGGUGGUGAAGAUAUAUACAUUAGGAUGGCUUAUUCCGAGUCGGUCUCCUUACAGUCAUCCGUUGGAAAGAAAGGAAAAAAACUUGCCAUAAGUUUGACAUUGUCAUUAGCUAUGGUUCUGUUUGCCCUAGGCCUCAUAUUGUAUCUUCAGAGAAGGAAGAAGAAACUUGCAAAGCAGAAAAAAGAAGAAUUGUCAGGACAUAACUUCAGCAUGGCCUACACAGAUGAACACAACAACAAGAAUUUGGAGCUUCCAUUGCUUGAGUUGUCUAGAAUAAUUAAAGCUACCAAUAACUUUUCAUUCCAAAACAAGCUUGGGGAGGGUGGCUUUGGACCAGUUUACAAGGGUCUCCUGGAAGAUGGACAGGAAGUUGCUGUGAAGCGGCUGUCAGAAUACUCCAUGCAAGGACUCGAUGAAUUCAAGAAUGAAGCAAUCUGCAUUGCCAAACUUCAGCAUCGGAAUCUUGUGAAGCUUCUAGGCUGUUGCAUUGAAGGAAAAGAAAAGAUUCUGAUUUAUGAAUACAUGCCCAAUAAAAGCCUGGAUUUCUUUAUAUUUGAUCAAACGGGGAGAUACUCACUAGAUUGGCCUAUGCGCUUCCAUAUCAUCCAGGGUAUUGCUCGGGGCCUUCUAUAUCUUCAUCAAGAUUCCCGACUUAGAAUUAUACAUAGGGACCUCAAAGCUAGCAACAUAUUGCUGGAUGCCGAUAUGAACCCCAAAAUAUCUGAUUUUGGCACGGCUAGAAGUUUUGGAGGUAAUGAGACUGGAGCCAACACAAACCGAGUGGUUGGAACACACGGUUAUAUGCCUCCUGAAUAUGCAGUAGAUGGGAUAUUUUCAGUAAAGUCAGAUGUAUUUAGCUUUGGAGUCAUAGUUCUAGAGAUUGUUAGUGGCAAAAGAAACAGAGGGUUUCUUCAUCAUGACCACCAGUUCAACCUUCUGGGGCAUGCGUGGAAGCUUUACAAAGAAGGAAGGGAACUGGAGUUGGUUGACUUGCAUCUUGGGGACUCCUACAACUCAUUGCAAUUACUUCGAUCAAUUCAAGUGGGGCUCUUUUGCGUGCAACAUGGUCCAGAUGAUAGGCCUGAUAUGUCUUCUGCGAUUUUCAUGCUUGGAAAUGAUGGAGUAUUGCCUGAAGCUAAACAUCCUGGGUUUUUCAUGGAAAGGAAUGUAGUCAAUGAGCAUUCUUCUAGCACACAGACAUCAAGUUCAAGAGGUGAAAUCACAAUGACCCUUUUAGAAGCACGGUAGCAACAAAUUGUGCAAGUGUAAUUAGGUCUCUAAGCUCUCAUUGCGGAGGAUUAUUCUUGCAAGUAAAGGACAUAAUUCCUCUUCAAUGUGGUUCUUGUUUGUACUUGUACAGGUUUCCCACCGUACAAGUCUUCUACAAUAGAAAGACAGUUCCAAGGACGUUAUCAAUCUAUCUUUGCUGAAGUCAACUUGCAAAGCCUGCUUUAAGCACUGCUAAGUUUUUUAUAGGUUAAUCACAGUACGAUAACCACAUUCCUUCUC